AUGUCCUUUAAGUCAAAUUUGUUGUGGUGUGCACUACUGCUCGGGGUUAUAUGGCUUACAAGUGUAAAAGGGGGAUCCUUCCAGUUAACUUUGCAUAAAAAUCACAAACUUAGUGCCGAAAUUGAUGGAUCCAAUGAAGCGAUACACUCCAAUGAAGCGAUACACACUGAGCGCAUUAUGUGGGUGCAAGAGAUGAAGCACUUGCGGCAGCACAUCAAGGACUGCGUGCAGCAAACGAGCGACUCUAUAUGGAACUGCUUUAAAACGAGUAGUGUACGCGUAUUCGAUGACAUGCUGUCCUCCAAUGUUAUAGCCCUGUGGCCCGGGAUACGUCUGGUACGCGCGCUCACAACGCCGUCGAAUAUAACAAACGAAACGGAGCCGAAGAGUAUCAGCGUGUAUUAUGAGCGCAAGGAUCUACAACAUCUCACCUGGUUCGAUCAACUCGCCAUGCGGCUGGCACAAACGCUCAGCACACAUUUUUUGCAAGUGAACUUGCGGGAGCUAACCGACGCUUACAUGCACGCUUUAGAAAAGGACGCGAAUAAUAAGAAGUUGCUGGCCAACGAAUUGGGCACCGCGCGCCAUCGCCGUCAACGCUACAACAUGAUGAUAACGAUGAUGUUCGGUGUCACCGCUUUGGGCGCUGUGCUUGUGCCCAUGGGCUUUCAGAUGCUCUCCAUUGUGAGUGGUAAAGCUUUGCUUUUGGCGAAAAUGGCGCUGUUAUUAGCUUCCAUAAAUGGCCUCAAAAAGCUUUCUCAUCCUUCCAAUUCAUUGCCACAGGUCGCCAAUAGCGGCAUACAUUACGGCCUCUACCAUGUGCCGGGUGAACAUUACGGCUAUUACGACCGCGGCGAUGCUCCACAUCAUCCAAGGCAGGUGGCAAGCUUUGCUAUAGCCCAACCGGUUACCGAGGAACUGGGCUUAAGGAAAUAA